UUUCUAUAUAAUUAUAAAUCUCUUUAUAUUUAUAUACGAUAUACACAUUUUAGUAUUUUUUUAUAUUUUGGAAAAUUACAAAAUCUGGUCAAUAUGCUGAAAACUACUGCAGCAAAAUUGAGUCCAAAACGCAAGCAAUACAACAAUGACAAACCGAAGCAAGAAACAACCCGAAUACAAGAAGAACCAAUUACUCAAAUAUCAGCAACUGCAAUUCAACUUCCAGAACCAAUAGCUUUAAAUGAGCAUUCCCUGGAUUGCUAUGAGCCUGCCUCUCAACAGCAGUUGCAAGAAUGUGCUGAAUACCUUAAUAAAGCGCAAACAUUGCAGUAUGCAUUAGAAACCGAUCUCGUGGCGUGUGAUGCUAAGUGGACCUUAUUUGUAGCGGCUGCUUUAAGUUAUCGUUAUGAUUCCGUAUUGAAACCAUUUCCACCACAAUUUGCUGCCGAACAAACAGGUUGCAAGAUAGAUAUUUUAAUGUCAGUCAUCAAUGACACACCAAAAUUAAGAGUGAUUUUACAAAACCUAAUGGAACAAAAUUAUACUGAAGUUAAUCGAGAGGUAAUAGAUUUAUUGUAUUGGGUUCUUAUAGAAAUGCGUGAACCUGCACUGCGUUUAGUAGAGGGAGAGGAACUGUAUUCAUUACUAACAUCUAUAGAUGAGAAAGCGUAUAAAUUUAAACCAACUCAUGUUUUUGAAGUUCAAGCAUUAACAGGCUUUCAUUCUGAGAUGGCAUUUCGUAAUAGGACCUUAAAUUUACCCUUAAAACUGGCUUUUAUGGGCAAUAAAUUCGAUAAUUAUUUUAACAUAUUACAAAAUGGUUUUACCCAGUAUCCAGAAAAUAAUAAAAAUUACCUAGAACUUACCACCGAUCUGAAAAAAAGUUUACAACACAGUCCCAAUUGUGCGGCCUGGGGAGCUUCCCAAUGUGGUUCGAUAAUUGCUUGUACAGCCAUCUGUGAAUUUGCUCUCGAUGCGGAAAAGGACUCCAUUAUAUCCGAUAAACAAAGCAAAUCCAGUGUUAAUAUACAAUUGAGAAAUCUAGAAAAUAUACGUGUCCGUUAUUUGAUUUUCUAUGGUAAACGUUUUCCUAGAAGACAUUUACCUAAACGCCGUUUUUUAUCCUGGAUUUUCCAUCACAAAUAUUCAUUAUCCUUGAUUUCGUAUAUGUUAUUUCUAUUGUCAAUUGGUUUUGCUAAUAGCGAUAGUGGUGAAUCGUUUAAGUUGUAUGUUUGUCAGAAAAUUGAUUCGAUUUUGGAUUUCUGUCGUAGAGCGAUUGCCAGAGAUCCCAUACAAUCAGCAUAGAAAUUUAUCUUAUUUCCUAUAUAUUUUAUAAAUUUAUAUUCAAAUUGUUUUAAUAAACAAGUACAGUUGGUAAAGCCUGUCCAUGUAAUAAACUAAAGCGAUAUAAUGCUGA